CUCAUUUUUCCUCUUUAUUUUUCUUUAUAAAUAGUAGUAUUGAUGUCAUUCACAGUAUUGCAAUAAAUACUAUCACAAUUAUCUCGCUGCUGCUUCCUCAAAUACGCCGUCGGAUUUUCAUUUUCCCGUGGUGCCUAUAAUUUCCAUAAUGUCGGAAGUAGCUCUCGGAGAUGUCAGCAAAUUACCAGAGUCUGAGAGGAUAAAUGGAACUUCUAAUAAUGUAAACUCAGUAAAACCUGUCACCGAAACUACGGAAGAAAACCCUGGAGAAAAACUCAACAAAAAAAUGGCCGCUAUGGUUGACCCUCCUACUGACAUUGACGGCACAGAAAAUUCUGGAGAAGCAGCGGCAAUAUUGGAAAUAGAGUACAUUGAAUCUGAGAAUUUGAAGGAUGUCGAAGAUGUGGAGAAUUGUUUGAAGACACUCGUAUCAGGUCUAAGCUCCAAAGACUGGGUUUCAGUUUGUGAUGCGCUCAACAAUGUCCGCAGACUGUCUAUAUAUCACAAGGAAGCCAUUGUUGGCAUAUUGAGUGAUGUGAUUUCUCUCAUAUUGAAAUCCAUGAAGAACCCAAGAAGUGCCCUUUGCAAAACAGCAAUCAUGACGUCUGCCGACAUUUUCAAAGCUUUUAAUGAUGACAUAAUUGAUUCUUUGGAUCCAUUGCUUGUACAGCUCCUCCUCAAAUCUUCACAAGACAAGAGAUUUGUAUGCGAGGCAGCUGAAAGUGCUUUAAUAGCCUUGAAUAGCUCGGUUUCUCCUCUUCUAUUGUUGCCCAAACUGCAACCUCAUAUUAAAAACAAGAAUCCACGAAUUCGAGCAAAGGCAUCUGUCUGCAUUUCUCGAAGUGUACGGCGACUGGGAGUUGAUGGAAUUGAAUCAUUUGGUAUUGACAAACUGGUCCAAAUAGGUGCAUCACAGCUCAAUGACAAACUCCCCGAGUCUAGAGAUGCUGCUCGAACUCUGUUAUUGGAGUUGCAUUCUGUAUUUGAAAAAUCACAUGUUACUAUAGAGGCAAGUGCUGUAUCUGAAGAACCUGUUAUCGCUUCUUGGGAACUUUUCUGCCAAUCAAAGCUCUCUCCUUUAAAUGCUCAAGAUGUUCUUCGUGUGACCAAUACUGCUCGAGCGGGACUUGUUUUGGGUUCAUAGCAAAACCUCUAUCUUCGAGCAAGUGCCUUAGUGAGUGAGUCAUAUUCUUUCUUAAUUUCCCAUUUCGUGACAAUUUUAUUUUACUUGUAUAUACCGUGAAAAUUUGAUAUGUUCGGUAAGGCGAUUGAAGUGCAUAGUUUGAGCUAUAGAUUCUGCCCGCGCACGUAUAUUGGAUAUUGAAUGUUUGUUUGUUUCAGAAAUUGUUUUGUGCUAUUAAUAUGAAAUCUGAGUUAAUUCCCCUAAA